AUGAUUUUUCAAACCCAAUUUUACCUUGUUUUUCUGAUUAUUUCGGUUUAUGGGUUCUAUGAAAAUACUGGUUUGUACAGUGAGUGGGGAAAAUUCGAGAUUUUUCAAAAGUAAUUGUGCAUUAUUUUCAGAUCAAUCGUAUUAUGAUUAUUUAAAAGCACAACAGAGUUUAAUUGAUGAUGUUUUUGAAGAUUAUGAUCCCACCGUCUCACCUAUUUUUACAAGACGUGGGUGUUUCAUUUUGGAAAAAAUUCAUCGGAUUUAUUUUAUAAAAAGAUUAGAGCCCUAUUUUCAAUUUCAGAUAGCGAUGGUGAUGAUGACACUUACGACACUCAAAACUCACCAAAUAUUUGGAAUUACACCGUCUAUUUAUAUUAUUUGAAAUUAGUAGAUGUUGAUGAGCCUUCAGAAAAGGUUUCAGUCGUUCUAGAACUUAUGGAGGUAAAAACAUUCUUCAAAAAACUAUCCCGUAUAUUUUUUCUAGUUCUGGUAUGAUGCACGAUUAGCAUGGGACUCGAAAAUGUAUCACAAUAUAACAUCAUUUUAUGUUCGGCAGGAAAAAGUGUGGAGUCCUACGCUUUCAGCAUUUGGAGUGUGAGUUUAGUUUUUAGUCGAAAAAGGGAGCUUGGACUAGAACACCUUAUUUAAUCAAUUAUUUUUGGGAAAAAAUAUUGUUUUUCAGAAAUGAGAUACAAGAUUUUCGCGAUCAGGACUUUCGGAUGGUUUCUGUGGUGGAUAUUGGUUUCAUUUUCACUUAUGUUUCUGUGAAGAUAUCAGUAAACUGCCAACUAAAUAUGAAAAAAUUUCCAUUCGAUCAACAAAAAUGCCAAGUUCGUUUAUGUGUUCCAAUAUUUUUCUAUAAAGAAGUUUCGGUAUUUAAUGAAGUCUACAGUGGAAUUCGAACUAAAGAUUCAUUUUCCAAAAUGGUGAGUUUUUCGAAACACAAAAAAAUUUCAAGAAAAACAUUUCAGGGUAAUUCUGAAUGGCGGGUAGAAAAUCUGACUGGUAGAAUUGAUGUUCUUCACUAUAAUGAUACAUUCAGCGAUCUACAAUUAUCAGUUUUUGAAAUAACUAUCAAAAGAAAUCCAAUGUAUUAUUUUUAUAUGAUUAUCCUCCCAUCUUAUAUAAUCAAUGCUGUUUCAAUAAUCGGAAUUUUUCUGAACAGUGCGGAUAAAAUGUCUAGAGUAAGUUCAGUUUGAGCUAUGAGCAAUCAAAAACUAUUUUCUUUUCAGUUGAAUGUUGGUCUCACGAAUAUUAUGACAAUGACAUUCAUCCUUGGUGUUAUGGCAAACGAAAUUCCAAAAACUGGAGCUAUUCCACUUCUUGGUAUUUACAUUAUUGUUAAUUUGAGUAUAAUGAUCUUCUCAAUUAUGAUCAUAAGUUUUUUUGGACAGUUUCGGAAAUGGAUAGAACCUAGAUUGCGGCAUCCAAAAUUAAGGUAGAACAAUUUAGAAAAAAUGUUUGAUUGAAGUUAAUUUAUAGAAAAUAUGUGAUGGGACGACCAAUCGAAAUAAUAAUUUCUUCACUUCUUCAUCUUCUCAACACAGCCAAUUUUGUUACAAUGAUUGUUAUUUGGGAGACUAGCUAG